CUCCCGUCCGCCUUACGCUCCCUGCUCUUUUUGUGUCUCCAGCACUUUGAGAGAUUCCCUCCGACCAGAGAGAGGCUCGCGCUCUCUACUACAUUCAUUAGGAAUUUCUUGAACGCCUUCUCCAACCCACGAGGCUUGUUAUCUAAAACGUUUCCAAUCAACACCGUCUCCUAUCAACAGACUCUGGACAUACCGUCUUUCACUAUGAAGUUCUCUGCUACUCUAGCCCUCGCCGCCGCGGGCUCGCUCGCCGCUGCUGAACACAACCAUCGUCGUGGCCACGCCCACCACCACAAGCGUGAUGUAGCCACCGCUACUACCGUUGUCGAUGAGGUCAUUACUGUAUACCAACUCGAUGGCACCCCGAUCCCAGUCGCCGAUGUUUGCAAGGGUAUCAAGGACGGCGACUACAAAUGGGCCAAUGGUGCUGGUCCUGCUCAUGCCUGCGACCCGGUCGCCACCAGCACCAGCGUCUCGGUCAAGGCUCACCAAUUCCUCGAGACUUCUACCUCGUCUGCAGUCCCCACCACUUCCACAGUCCCAACCACUACUGCAGUCCCUACCACGUCUUCCACUCCCACUACCACCUCGACCACCAGCACCAGCACCAGCACCACAAGCAUCAGCACUACCAGCAGCUCUGCAGCCGCAUCUACUACUCCUGCAUCUACCGGCAUCAGCGGUGGCACCGGGCUCACUGCUCCUUUCCCCGAUGGAGAGCUUUCCUGUGAUACUUUCCCAUCUGACUACGGUGCCGUGGCCUUGGACUACCACGGUCUUGGCGGCUACAGUGGUAUCCAAUACCCGACUAUGAACGCUCUCGGAACAUUGGUGCAGUCUAUCGUCACUGCUGUCACAGGCCAGAGCUGCACUGAAGGUGCUUACUGCUCUUACCACUGCCCGCCUGGUUACCUGAAAUCCCAGUGGCCUAAAGAACAGGGCGCAACUGGCCAAUCCGUCGGUGGUAUCACUUGCACGAACGGCAAGCUGCACCGCACCAAUACUGAAUACGAUACUCUCUGCAUUGCUGGUGUUGAAGGCAUCACUGUUAAGAACACCUUGGGCGGCACGGUCUCUGCGUGCCGUACCGAUUACCCUGGUACUGAAAGCGAGACCCUUCCUCUCGAGGUUAAUCCUGGCUCUAUCGAAAAUCUUGCCAACCCUAACGGCGCUUCGUACUUCUUCUGGGAGAACAAGCAAACUAGCGCUCAAUACUACCUCAACCCCGUCGGAUUCGGUGCAGACAAGGCUUGUGUCUGGGGUACUGCGGCUUAUGACCUUGGUAACUUCGCCCCAAUGAACAUGGGUGUUGGCUUCUCGGACGGAACAACUUAUCUGUCAUUGUUCCCCAACAAGCCUACCACAGAUGCGCAAUUGAAAUACAACGUCAAGAUUGUGGGUGACGUCUCUCUAUCAUGCUCCUACGUAUACGAUGGGACUAAUGGGAUGUACUAUGAGAAUGGUACUCCUAAAUCCGCGGGAUGUACCGUUGGAGUUCCCCAGGGUGGCAGUGCCCAGGUCGUCUUUUACUAGUCAAUAUAAGUGGUCAACUAGCAACUUGUCAUGGAUGGUUGUAAUUCCAACGUUACGUUUCCAGUCAUUUGCUUGUGGUUCAGAAAGAGACGGAUUGUGACUUCUUUACCGAGCUUACGAUCACUAACUUUUGGCUAUUUGUUCGAGUUUGUAUAUCUACUAUUGCUUACAUACCUUUUGAGGCUUCGUAUUACUUUUUAACUACUCUUAUAUCCCUACGCCGUCAUGUCAAAGUUUCUUUGGAAGCAUACGGCAUGUUUUGAAUUAAGAUGUUUGACACCGUAAUGCCAUUUUAGGACAAUCUCCGCCCUUAACUAAAGCCGUACAAAGUAGUAGCUUUGCUAAUGCUACGAUUGUAGAAACUGUUAAGAUAUC